AUGUCUCUCGCCCGGCUCACCCGAUAUUCUGCUAUCAAACGCUCUUACGCCACCGCGGCGGGGCUCAACUCAGCCGCUAAAGCAAAAGCUGAACAGAUCUCUGCGGACUGGAAAGGUUCCAGCGCAACAGGGGGGACCACCAAGAAUUACAUCGGCGGCGAGUUUGUCGAGAGCAAGGCUUCAAACUGGCUCCAGGUUCUGGAUCCUGCCACCCAAACCCCCAUUACCCGUGUUCCGGAGACUACGUCCGCAGAGUUUGAUCAGGCCGUAGACGCCGCUUCACAAGCGUACAAAGACUGGAGCAAAGUCAGCGUGCUGGGGAGGCAACGUUUCGCGAUCGAGCUGCAACAUCAAAUUCGCAAGCAUGCAGACGCAUUAGCUAACAUAAUUGUGCUUGAGCAGGGCAAAACGCUUGCCGAUGCACAUGGCGAUGUCCUACGCGGUUUGCAAGUAGUGGAGACGGCUAUUGGCAUAACGUCCACUUUACUUGGUAGCAAGAUUGAAGUUAGUAAGGAUAUGGACACCGAGGUUCGCAAGCUCCCCCUUGGUGUUUGUGCUAGUGUAGCCCCGUUCAAUUUCCCUGCCAUGAUUCCCCUUUGGACUAUUCCAAUGGCAGCAGUCACAGGCAACACCCUCAUUCUCAAGCCAUCAGAACGAGACCCCGGUGCUGCCAUGAUUAUUGCCGAGCUUUGCGAACGCGCAGGCCUUCCUCCUGGUGUCCUCAACGUUGUGCACGGUACGGUCCCAACGGUCAACGCCAUCUGCGAUGAUCCUGCCAUCAAAGCCAUCAGCUUCGUUGGAGGAGAUCGUGCUGGAAAACACAUUUACGAGAGGGGUACAAAGAAUGGAAAGCGCGUGCAAGCGAACUUAGGCGCUAAGAAUCAUGCUGUGAUUAUGCCCGAUGCGAACAAAAACCUCACCAUCAACUCGGUCUUGGGUGCCGCAUUCGGAGCCGCUGGUCAGCGUUGCAUGGCCACUUCAGUUGUUGUUUUGGUUGGGACUGCCCAGUCAUGGCUUCCGGAACUUGUCGAGCGCGCAAAAACCCUCCAAGUGAACGGCGGAUUUGAAAAGGGCGCUGAUCUGGGCCCAUUGAUCUCACCUGCAGCAAAAAAACGCGUCUCCGGGCUGAUCCAAUCGGCUGCAGAUGAGGGUGGCAAGAUUCAUCUUGAUGGUCGCAACGUCAAUGUGCCAGGCUAUCCCAACGGCAACUUCGUUGGCCCCACCGUCGUCGAAGCUGUUGCCUCGAUGCGUUGCUACAAGGAGGAGAUCUUCGGGCCCGUCCUCACGGUCCUUACUGCUGAUACUCUGGAUGAUGCUAUUGACAUCGUCAACCUCAACAAGUACGGCAACGGGACUGCCAUCUUUACUCAAUCUGGUGCUACCGCUCGCAAAUUCGAGACCUAUGUCAACGUAGGCCAAGUUGGCAUCAAUGUCCCUAUUCCGGUACCCUUGCCCAUGUUUGCCUGGAGUGGAAACAAGGCUAGUGUCUUGGGUGACAUCGGCUUCUACGGUCCAAGUGGAAUCAAUUUCUACACUCAGAACAAGACCACCACGAGUCUCUGGCGCGCGGAUGAUGCCAUUGGCAACCGCGCUUCGGUCGACAUGCCUACACACAACUAA